GAGAUAUGGUCAUAAGAUUUAUUGAUAGUCCAGAAAUAGGAGACACCAGAGGGGUUGGUAAAGACAAGGAAAACUUUGAAAAUAUUCUCAAAUAUAUUAGCAAUUACGAAUAUCUGAAUGGGAUUUGUAUUCUUCUCAAGCCAAAUAAUGCGCGAUUGACU